AUGGAGUCACUGGAAGGUAAAUCUUACUGCGCCAGUACGUUUCUGGACACAUGUCAAGCGUUUGAUCGCGUGUGGCAUGAGGGAUUGUUAUUCAAGUUGAAAAAUGCACUACCAGAUCACCUUUACGGGAUAUUAAAAUCAUUUCUCCAGCAGCGCCAUUUCAUAGUACAACAAGGGGAAGCUCUGUCAGAUCUCUGCGCUAUUAAAGCUGGAGUCCCGCAGGGCCGCGUACUGGGUCCCAUACUUUAUUUACUUUUCACUGCGGACCUGCCGACAUCUGAAUCCUUAAUCACUGGAACCUUCGCUGAUGACACCGUUAGAGUGGCUACUCGUAGCGACCCAAAAAUAGCCUCACAAAUACUUCAAAAAGGGCUAAAUUACAUAUACCACUGGCUCAAAAAGUGGCGGAUAAAAGCAAAUGAAACAAAAUCAGUCAACGUUACGUUCACCCUAAGAAGGGGCUCUUGCCCCCCAGUCACACUUAACAACAUUGUUCCACAGGCAGAUUAUGUGAGAUACCUUGGAUUGUACUUGGACAAAAGACUUACCUGUCAAAAACAUAUUUUCACUAAGAGGAAGCAACUCGGUAUUCAAACGCGAAAACUCUACUGGCUCAUAGGGCGAAAGUCUCAAUUGUCUCUAGAAAACAAAAUACUUCUGUACAAGGCAAUACAGAAACCUAUCUGGACGUAUGGGGUCCAACUGUGGGGUACUGCAUCCCAUUCAAACAUCGAAAUCGUACAAAGGUUUCAAAAUAAAGCACUCCGAAUGAUAACCAAUGCCCCCUGA